AUGUCUGUUGCAGGUAAUUCAUUCGGAUACUGUGGUGUCACUUCUGAAUUCUGCGGCAACGGUUGCCAAAAAAACUCCAAUGGUGGGGUUGCGGCCAACCAGAUCGCCCAAAAUGCUCUGAGAAUACUGAUGCCAUGUCCCAUGAUCGACGUAUUGGAUAUUAUGAGUUGUUCAAAAUCCAUAAAGGAUGCCACACGAUUGAGCCAGAGUCUGAUCAUUGAGCCGUUUACUCAUAUCAACCUGGCCUUUGUAAAUUUGGGUGACGAUUAUAAGUUGGAAGACGAGUACGGCGACAUUGUGGACCGGGUGUCGUUCUUGAAGUUUACACACCCAGAGCUGCGGGUAGACAUCGCAGUUGGGGGGUGGACGUUUAGUGAUGCUCCGACGCAGCACCUUUGGACUCAGAUGGCACGCUCAUAUGAGAAUCGUCAGACCUCCAUCAACUCAGUGGUCAAAUACCUGAAGGUUACCACCUUGACGUUAUUGACAUUGACUGGGAGUAUCCGUCAGCAUCGGAUAGGGGCAGAGAACCUUAAGACGCGGCGAACUUUGUGA